UUUGCAUGUUUAUGAAAUACACGUAGUGAGGUGCAUUAGAGCAGGAAAGGAACUUGACGUUGCUGUUCGACUCAACACUGGUGUUAAAUUCUAAAAGUCAGGAUGCCUGAAACAGCAGAGGCUGUGUCAGCCACUCUUACCACCAACAGAAACUGCACCAUAGAAAUAGCCAAUGUCAGCAGUAACUACUGCCUCAUCAACCCCAAGGUGUUUAUGACAAGUGGCUUCUGUUACCACCCACCCCAGCCCACAAUUCGGACCGGGAUGACAGAAGUGUGCUCUUUCACUAAGGAUGACAACACUGCCACAGGCGCCAUCGGCCUGCUAACCUACGACUUGUUCCAUAUGCAGAGCCGGGUGUGCUCUGAGCGCAUGGCCAUCAUGUUCUCUGUACCUUUUGACCACAACCUGUACAAGAACCGGCUGGCCGUGGGCACUGUUGAGCAUUCGCAGGCCUGUGACAAACAUCUGUACGACCAGAUGUAUGAUGGGAAAGAUCUCAGCAACUUCACCCGCUCUGAAAAAAAUGGGUCUGGACUGGAAUAUAGAUCAACCUAUGUUGAUCUGAGAGCCACAAUGUCUACAGUUGGGAAAGCCAUUGUUAAAGUGGAGCUCUAUGAUAAAAUAGGUCAUUAGUAUGCAGUCUAGUGGGGUUCUGUUUUUUUUUUUUUUUUUUUUUUUUUUGAUACCUUGUUGUUUUAGGAUCCUGAGUGAAUAAACUUCAUUUGACAUGAUCACAGUUGUCAUCUUUAAAAAAAAAAUAAAUAAAUAAAAACAUUGAUGGGAGGAAGACUGAUUUUGCUGUCAUCUGUAUUUUGUGUCUGCUGGAAGAUAUCAAUAUCUGACAGCCAGCUCAUUGAUUUCCCAUUAACUUGUGUCUUGGGCUCAUGUACAUUGAACACUCCCUUCUCUCUGAUUAUGGUAAUAAAACAUUCAGACCCAGUGCUUGUGUUACUUUGUGAGGAAUAUUUUCUCUCCGUAUGCUUUCAUUAUAACUGAUGAACAGUUAUUAUUAUUUAAUCUCAAAUCGGGAUCCAUCCAAUUCUAACGAGUGGCAACAGAUGGAAUAUCUGCCUAGAUGUUUUUUUAAUCAGCUUCUCCUUCUUGCUCCAUUGUGUGAAAUUAAGAACAGAAAAACAAGAGGCUCAGCAGAAAAAAAGAACAAGACUUAACUAACUCUGUAGAUGUCUGCCUUGACUUGUUUUGUUCGCUUUUUUUCUGUUGCACAAUACCGCAGGAAUGAGUCUUCCCAAACCACCUUGCUUUGUCAGACAUCAGACAGUGUUUUAGGACCAAGUGAAUGUUCAGAGUGAGUAAAAGAAAGAGAUUUAGAUCCAGUAGGAAAUUGUUUUGGAAACUGUUCCACAAAAGGGUGGGGUUGUUGGAUUAAAGAGGGAAAAACCAAACUAAUAUUUGCUCUCAAAGUCCAGAUUUUAUGUGGGUUAUGGCUUCAGAAUGAGAAAUACUUCAUUAACCCCAGAGGGAAACUGUUGCAUUGCAAUGCUCCUUAAAACACUGACAUACAGUGAGAGAUAGAAAAGAGAGAA